AUGAGUUUUGACGAAGACGUUUACAAUAGUGUGGCUUGGGAUACAGGUGCAACGGAUUCUUUGCAACCCGAAGAUCUUUCUGAAGACGAACCCACCUACAUCACAACAGAGAAUGUUAAUGAGGUUUCAACAUUCAAUAAAAUAGAUGAGACCAUGUUUUCGACUCCGAAGUCGCUGCUCACGAAUUCGACCGCAAACACUAUCAGGCCGGUUCAGCCACCGACGCAAUCCAGUGCGCCAGUCGCGUACUCAAUGAACAUUACUGUGACAGAACCGUUGAAAGAGCUUGAUGGAACCAAAGACGCAUUUAUAUCAUACCUGGUAAACACUAAAACAACUUUAUCCACGUUUGCCGAACCUACAGUCAGUGUCCGGCGACGCUUCCAAGACUUUGUAUGGUUGCACAAUUCACUCUCUCGCGAUUUUGCCGCGUGCGUAGUUCCCCCAUUGCCUGAUAAACACCGAAUGGAAUAUAUCACUGGUGAUAGAUUUGGUCCAGAAUUUGUGGAAAAGAGGCGGGCAAGUCUUCAAAGGUUUCUGGAUAGACUGGCUCGCCACCCCACCCUGCAGAUGAGCGAAUAUUUCAGAAUAUUUUUGGAGUCUAGAGAAUGGAAUGCGGAAUCCCUGUAUCGUCAAAAGAAGUCAGGAGAAGGAGUCUUCGAGAAUUUGGGGGAUGCCUUGCUCAAUGCGUUUUCCAAACUCAAGAAACCGGAUGAAAGAUUUAUCGAGAUGAAAGAAAACAUCGAUAAACUCGAGGAGAAUUUGCAAACCGUUGAGAGACUAUAUCAAAAGAUUAUUAAAAGACAGACAGACCUGGAAUCCGAUUAUCGAGAAUUUGGUUCCAGCGUCGCUGGUCUGGGUCAACUAGAGACGGGAAUUACUGUGCCUUUGGAACAAUUUGGAGAUACAGCUUCCAAGUUUUCUGAUUUAUGGAAACAGAUGACGGAUCGAGAAGAACAGGGCUACUUAAAUCAAAUUCGUGACCACCUUACUUAUUGUCAUUGCGUUAAGAAUGUCUUAAAAUUACGGGACCAAAAGCAGGUAGAUUUCGAGGAACUUUCGGAAUACCUGCAAAACUCUCUGAACGAGCGGGAAAAUCUUUUCAACACCGGAAAAUCUUCUACUGGGAUAUCUUCCUUUUUACGCGAAAAGGUAGACAAUAUAAAGGGAGUGGACCAAGAACAAGCAAAGAGAGAACGAUUGCAGAAACUGGAUGCUAAAAUUGCCGAGCUUAAAACAGAAGUCGAAAACAGUCAGGAUAUCUCGAAUAAAUUUUCGUCCGAAGUUACCAAAGAAUAUGAAGUGUUCCAAAAUUCCAAAACGGUUGAGUUAAAGGAUUAUCUACUUUCUUACACCGACAGUCAUAUUGAUUUUUAUCGCCAGGGUAUCAAACUAUGGGAAGAGAUUAUCCCCGUUCUGGAAGGUAUCAAAUUCGAAGCGUAA